GAGGGUCUAGGCCUACUCAUCAUAUAGCGGGCGGCACGUUGUAAUAUUUUCAGGCGUCAGCCGUCUACGUGGCUGGCUGACGCAUUUUGUUCUUUUUCCCAAAUUCCAAUGAGCGAUCAAGUGGUCGAUUCCUUUACGGGAUAUGUAGACUUGUUUCUAUGAGUUGGCAAGUAGAAUACUUUUAUUUAAGUUUUAUUUGAUUAUCUGAAAGACCUAAAUAUUCUAAAUUAUAUUCACAUUUGAACUGAUGCAGUUAACUUGAUUUUGGAUGGAGUUUCUUGCGCUAGUCUGCUACGAAACUUCUAGAGCUGUGGGCCAUUGUCGCUUGCAGUCGCAGCCGCUACUUUGAAUCAAUACCUUUUCAAGUAGGCCUAGUAGGCAAAAGGAAGCUGCAAGCCGAAACGUUGCUGCAGGCUACAAAAAUGCCAAGUAAUGAAGUGAAGCAAAGGAAGAAGACCCCGGCUCAGAAACAAAAUGACGAACCGGUAGUAACGUCAAAGUACACUUACGAAGAUGAAGCAAAAAAAGCAAAAGCUACCGAAGUAAAUAGCUUGGCUGAACCUAAAAGCUCCUCGCCGUUCUCUCUGGAUGUGAAAACGAUAACUUGUCUAUUGUCACUGAUAGUUUGCAUAGUGCUUACAUGGGUGGUAUUGCAGCAGAAUGCAAGAUUCUUCGACGUGGAAGAAAAGUACAAACUACUGUCUGGGAAGACUGCAAGUCUCCUUGAAAUGGAGGAGGAAGUCAUCAAGGUGUCCAAGAAGUGCGAGGGUGUCCAGAGCCUGUUGGAGCAUCUAGAGAGGCAGCCUGGUGGUCUCCUGCCCCACUUGGAGGCCCUGGAGCGGGAUGUAAGCCAGCUGAAGGACUGGGCGUCCGGCCUAACAGAGAAACACGGCCUGCUCCAGGACAGCGUGGCAGCACUGACCGAGGCUGUGGGACAAAUCGAGGGACGCACCUCUGCUAUCACUAAGGAUGUCAACACAAAGGUGGCGUCGGUCCGGACAGACGUGCGUCGGAUGGAUGGGCUCCAGUCGGAUGUGGAGUCUCUCCUGGAGAAGGUACGGGAGCUGGAGGAGCGGGCUGCCCAGGCCGAACGCAGCAUGGUCAAACGUAUCGGCGACCUGCUGGCCGGCAGCAUCGACCGCAUCCAGGGCCUCAAGGGUGCCACGGAGCGCAACGCCCAAGCCCUGGAGCAGCUCAAACAUCGCCUACCUGAGCUGUUCGUCAACGACCAGCAGAUCUCGGAGCGCCUGAGGGAGCUGGAAAGCGGCCGUGCCCGAUUGGUCCGCACGGUGACUUUUGCCGGCGACCUCAAGCCCAAGGUGGCGGCCAUCAAGCGGGACUUCGGGGCGCUGGCUCCGCAGGUGGAUGAGCUGACCCUGAGGAUCGGCCGUCUGGCCGAGGAUCUGACCAGGAGGGAGGAGGACAUCGCAGAGCUACGGCAGACGUUCUCUAACCUCAGCGCUGUGGAGGAGGACCUAGGAGUUGUGACACAGCAGUUGAGUCAGAUAGUGGAGCCUGAGAUGCCCGUAGUGGGAGGAGAGAUGCUUCUGCAGAAAGUCAACGUGAGCGAAGCCCUCCCUCAGACACUGGAAGGAGAGCUGUGAAUGAGUGCUUUUCUAUAUGCUAUAGAUCUACAGAGUAAAUGGCAAACUCAGCUUGUCACCAAUCAUUCCCUUACAAUAACUUGCACGUUUUUGUAAAUCUCAAACAGAGUUUGCUGAUCUCUCUACAGCCAUGGUCGACCCCACCUAGCCCUUACAACAGGUACUUCUGGAUUCCCCCCAGAGAUCUUGAUUAAUGUAAGCAAUAUAAUGGAAACCACAAAAGAACAGGUUGCUCCCCUAUAAUGUACAUUCCAGUAUACUUUCCAUUGACUGUAUACCUAUACAGAUCUUUAGGGGGUCGAGAGGUAAGUCCUAGGGGUUAGGUGGAGACUAACUGGGCUUUUUGUCCAGAAUGCUGACUGACGUAUGUUGCUUUACAAAUUGUAUCCUUGAAUGAACCUGUCAUAUGAGUAGGUUGGCGUUUAUUGCGAUGAAUCUUGUCCUGGAGGCAGAGCUGAGCAAUUUCCACUAGAAGGUCAAAAUUCAUGAAAACAAAAAUUGUGCUUGUUGGUCAUAAUUUAAGGUUAUGUUUAGGGAUAAGGUUAGUAGUGUGGUUUAGGUUAGGUUUAAAAUCAGAUUUUAUGGCUGCGCCAGCUAGUGACUACCCUGCAGAGCUGCCUCCAGUACAUGAGUCAUCCCAGUAAAUGCCAACCUGUGUCCUAGGAGGCUGGAAUGUUAUUUUUUUUUGUUUGAAAAAUGGCAUCAAUCAUGGCGAAUGAGAGGUCUUGCUGGUCCACAGUUUUGGAAUGUAAGCAGUCUCUUGAACAGUUUCCCCCUUAUCAGUUGUCAGUCUGGCCAGUGGGCGGGUUGUAACAACACUGCUUGACCCCUGUGUGACCUGCACACGGGUAUGUAUUCUCAGGCCAAGGGGCCUGUUCAGGAGGAAUGUUUUGCUACAAUAUGAUUCUGUACAAUAGGGAAUUAUGUCAGCGCUCUACAUUCUACCUGCAAUGUUCUCAAUAGUUCACAGUGCUGAAUACAUGCCCUGGGGUUCCACAUGGCUAGCUAGUUCUGCUAGUUUUUGCAUCUCUCUGCCAUCAAUCAAAUCGAAAUGAGUCGGUGGUUUAAAGGUAUAGGGACCUAAAAUAGAAUACUGACCGCUGCUGGUGUAAACAAUCUGUUGCCAGGAGUUUAUUCAAUGGGGCUGACUGCAGAGCAAUGCAGAUAGAAAUGUGUGGCAUAGAGCUGUGAUGCAUGUCUGAGAGUUGUUUCUGUUCUGUUUAACAUUUUUAUCUGCAACAUUGCUGACGUUGCACUCCUCCUGAUAAUU